GUCAUGAUUUACAUUUUUCGGAAAAUUUUUUUUUUUCAAAAUAUUCCCAAAAGAAAGUGAAUUUUAACGUAUAAUUGACGAUGGGGAAAAAGAAGAAUGAAGCACGUUAUCUCAGAGUUCAACCAACUGGCCCCAAAGAGCCUGUGAAAGCUGGAUGUUACAAUAAUCCCAAUGCUGCAAAGUUUAGAAUUAUUCAUCUUUCCGACACACAUUUAUGUCAUAAUGACUACUUAGACAUGAUUCCUGAUGGAGAUAUCCUUGUUCAUACUGGAGACUUUUCUCAUUUAAACAUAUUGCGCUAUGUACGCAAGGAAAAUGACAUGAAAAAUACAAUGAAAGAACUAGAUGCAUUUUUUGCUAAGCUACCUCAUAAGUUUAAAUUCUUCAUAGCUGGCAAUCAUGAAAUAACACUAGAUACCUUUAAAAGAGAUGAAAUACAGCAACAUCUAACAAAUGGCGUCUACCUGUAUCGCAAUUCAGCAGAAAUUGAUGGAGUAAAGUUCUAUGGUGAUCCAUGUACUAAUAUCCGUGGCAACAGUUAUGCAAGAGCAUAUGCUAUACAUGGACACCUCCUCUCUGGGCGCUGGAAGGCCAUAGAUGAUGAUGUUGAUGUGCUGUUGACACAUAUGCCUCCAUAUGGACUUCAAGACAGUAAAGGUGGAUGUCAAGAUCUGAGAAAUGAAGUCCUAACAAGAAUCAAGCCAAAGGUUCACAUGUUUGGUCACAUGCAUAGUGGUAACGGGAUAACAUUCCACGACGACAUUUGUUUCUCCAAUGGCGCAAUGCACACGAUUCACUCUCCCAACGUGAUAGACCUUUACUAUGAAAGACCCAAGGAUGCACCUGAUGUAUCGGAGAUUGAGGUUAAAGUUCACCCAAGUGAUAAAAUAGAUAACUCAACUGGCCCUGAGGCAAAAUGUAGCAUUAUGUGAAAUAACACAGACUUGAAGAAAGAUGAUCAGAAUAUCAGUAUUAGAUAGGGGAUGAUGCCUAAUUGUAAACAUUUGUGGAAAUAUUAUAUUUUGCAUAACAAUUAGAUACAUAUAGAGGGUGAUAUGAAAAUUGAUCCACUGAUCCACCUGGUGGUGAAACUGGUAACUGCCUACUCACAUCUGGGUUAUUUUAUUAUAGUUUAGUCCCCUCUCUCCCCAUAUAAUGAAAUU